AUGGACAGCAGCACCUGGAGCCCCGCGGUCACCACCGCCGCCGCGCCCGAGUCCUACGAACGCAUCCGCAAUGCCGCCGACAUCUCGGUCAUCGUCAUCUACUUCUUAGUGGUGAUGGCCGUCGGGCUCUGGGCUAUGUUUUCCACUAAUCGUGGGACUGUUGGAGGCUUCUUCCUGGCAGGUCGAAGCAUGGUGUGGUGGCCGAUUGGAGCCUCUCUCUUCGCUAGUAACAUUGGAAGUGGCCACUUUGUGGGACUGGCGGGAACGGGAGCAGCUUCAGGCAUUGCCAUGGGGGGCUUUGAAUGGAAUGCACUGGUUUCGGUGGUUGUGCUGGGCUGGGUGUUUGUCCCCAUUUACAUUAAGGCUGGGGUGGUGACAAUGCCAGAAUACCUGCAGAAGCGGUUUGGAGGCAAGCGGAUCCAGAUCUACCUCUCCAUCCUGUCCCUGAUACUCUACAUUUUCACCAAGAUCUCGGCAGACAUCUUCUCCGGGGCCAUCUUUAUCAAUCUAGCUUUGGGCUUGGAUCUGUACCUGGCCAUCUUUCUCCUAUUGCUGAUCACUGGCCUUUACACGAUCACAGGUGGCCUGGCAGCUGUGAUUUACACCGACACCUUGCAGACAGCGAUCAUGCUGGUGGGGUCUUUAAUCUUGGCUGGCUUUGCUUUUCAUGAAGUGGGAGGGUAUGCAGCCUUCAUGGAAAAGUACAUGAAGGCCAUUCCAACCUUGAUUUCUGUUGCAAACACCACCGUCAAGGAAGAGUGCUACACACCGAGGGCCGACUCCUUCCACAUCUUCCGGGACCCUCUCAGCGGAGACAUCCCAUGGCCUGGGCUCAUCUUUGGUCUGUCCAUCCUUGCCCUGUGGUACUGGUGCACAGAUCAGGUCAUCGUGCAGCGCUGCCUCUCGGCCAAGAACAUGUCUCACGUGAAGGCUGGCUGCAUCCUGUGCGGGUACAUGAAGCUGCUGCCCAUGUUCCUCAUGGUGAUGCCGGGAAUGAUCAGCCGCAUCCUGUACACAGAAAAAAUUGCCUGUGUCGUCCCCUCGGAAUGUAAGAAAUAUUGUGGCACCGAAGUUGGCUGUACCAACAUCGCCUACCCAACCUUAGUGGUGGAACUCAUGCCGAAUGGACUGCGAGGGCUGAUGCUGUCAGUCAUGAUGGCCUCUCUCAUGAGCUCCCUGACCUCCAUCUUCAACAGCUCCAGCACCCUCUUCACCAUGGACAUCUACACUAAAGUCCGGAAGGGAGCAUCUGAGAAAGAGCUCAUGAUUGCAGGAAGGGCGUUCAUCCUGGUCCUGAUUGGCAUCAGCAUCGCCUGGGUGCCCAUUGUGCAGUCGGCACAAAGUGGGCAACUCUUCGAUUACAUCCAGUCCAUCACCAGUUACUUGGGACCACCCAUUGCAGCUGUUUUCCUGCUUGCUAUUUUCUGCAAGAGAGUCAAUGAACCAGGAGCCUUCUGGGGACUGAUCCUAGGAUUUCUGAUUGGGUUAGCCCGUAUGAUUACUGAAUUUUCCUAUGGAACCGGGAGCUGCACGCAGCCCAGCAACUGCCCCACAAUUAUCUGUGGUGUGCACUACUUGUACUUUGCCAUCAUCCUCUUUGUCAUUUCUAUCAUCGUCACCGUAGUCGUCUCCCUCUUAACUAAGCCCAUUCCAGAUGUCCAUCUCUACCGUCUGUGCUGGAGUCUCCGCAACAGCAAAGAGGAGCGAAUUGAUCUAGAUGCAGGCGAGGAGGAAAUCCAGGAAGCUCCAGAGGAGACCAUUGAAAUUGUAAUUCUUUUAUGUCUUUCCUCUGACACAGAAGUUUCUGAGAAGAAGAAAGGAUGGUUCAGGCGGGGCUUUGACCUGUUUUGUGGGCUGGACCAGCAGAAGGGCCCCAAGAUGACCAAGGAAGAGGAGGCAGCAAUGAAGGAGAAGAUGACAGACAUCUCUGAGAAGCCUUUGUGGCGGAUGGUAGUGAACAUCAAUGGCAUCAUCCUGGUCACUGUGGCUGUCUUCUGCCAUGCAUAUUUCGCCUAAGUCCUGCUUUCUGCUGCAGGCUGUGCUCAUGAAGGCCAGAUUCUUUGCUCUGACUCUCUUUAGUCCCAUUCUGUGGUGUGGAAGGGAAGUCAGCCCGUUGUAAAUUUUGCUCAGAUGGAUAGAUGUGUACAUGUGUAAUUACAGGCUAGACAGAUGAAAAUAAUUAGUUUACUGUUAAAUUAUGUAUUUGAAGCCAAUAUGAUCUGGUCAGGUGUACAUGCUACAGUUUCAAGAGGAAAAUACACUCAGUUUUAUCUAGAAAAAGACAAACUAAGAAACAGAAGGCCUGCGAUGUCUGAUGCUUGUAUGUCUCAGGUAGACUCAGCACGUCAACACUGUUUGUAACCCUUGAAUAUUAUUUUGAGAGAUCACCUUCCCCUUCUUCUUUUUUUUUUUUUUAAAGCAAAUAUCUUGCCCCAUCAUAUCUCUGUCAACUUUUUCCUGGCACAAGAAAAACUGGUCUGAUAAACUGAUGGACACAUUAAAGCUGAGGAUGGGAG